UGGGUUGCAGCUAAGAACUAGUCCCCAGUCUUUGGCUAUAGACGAUAUUGUGGAAGAACUCCCAACUUUAGCGAAUCCGUUGUGAUCUCCAAUGGUCAGUGACUUUUCUCUCAGUUCAAUCUCAAACCCCGGGUGGAAUUUUUUCUUAUCGCCUUUCUCAUAACACUAUUCCAGCCAGCACAAUAACUUAUCUCUGGCUGCAGGGAAAAACAAAUAGCCUAUGCCUGUACUUUGGAAAUGGGAAAAUAUGUUGAAGAUGUGUUUCUCGGAACAAAGCAAUACGUUCAUCACUGAAGAGUGCAUUCAUCCUGUGCCGAAAAAACCAUCGGUGCAAACUGAUCAAAGGACGAAAUUCCAUGAACUUUUCAGGACUUGUGUGUCAGGGUCAGGUUUGUACGUCGGACUGUGUUGGAACUGAUUCUGCAGUCCAAGUCUGGAGAGUGAGCUCUUUUUCUGAUCGGCCUUGACCAAUGCGAAAAGCAGCAAGGCUUUCACCUUGCAGGAAGCAUUUUAGCCUCUGGAUUUUCAGCUGUUCCCACACCGCUUUCUGUCAAGCGCAAUUACUCAGUUUAUGGUUGACUUCCCUGGCUGACUUGGAAUAACUUCAGUUAAGAAUUCACUUGUCCGGGAAAAUGUGCAGAGUGUUUGUUUUGCAAAGUGAGCUCCCAUAAACCAAGAUGAGGAGGAAGGGUCAUUAGAGAGAUGCCGUUCAACAGGAACUACGCUUCAGAGGGGUCUUCGGUUUGGGUGACCCAUCCCUUCAUGAGACACGUGGAGAGCACAUCUCUAAGAGCCUCCACUCCUCUGCCUAGUCAGCCCGACUGGUAUGGGUAAUGGUGCGAAGGAAGGUCAAGUGCGUUUAAAACAGAAUGGCGUGGAGCCAAUCGUACCCGCCCAUGUUAUGUCUGAGGGGAGCCAAGAGAAAAAGAAAGUGAUCAACAACCUGAUGGCUGGCGCGUUGGCUGGUGCUGUUGCAAAAACCGCAGUCGCCCCGUUGGACAGGACGAAAAUCAUAUUUCAAGUGUCGGCAAAAAGAUUUUCUGCCAAGGCAGCCUACAGGUUGAUCUACCACACCUACCUCCAUGAGGGCUUCUGGAGCCUGUGGCGCGGCAACUCGGCCACCAUGGUCCGGGUGAUCCCCUAUGCUGCCAUCCAGUUCUGUGCCCACGAAGAGUACAAGCAGCUCCUGGGAAGCUACUAUGGCUUUCACGGAAACUAUCGGAGAGCGUUGGCUUUGCACAACCGGCUCUUUCCCGAGUCUCUGUCAUGUGCCCAGGGCGGAAUGUUGGCCAAGUUCUCCGUCCGAGCAAGCAGGUUACCUGGCGUCCCCCUGGAGAGGGGUGUUGGCAGCAAGCCAGUCGGUAACGUCUGGGGCGGGGCUGUGUGUCUGUGCUUCGACAGGUACAGCAACAUCCUGCACGUCUUCAUCCGGAUCUCCCGGGAGGAGGGGCUGAAGACCUUGUACAGGGGCUUUGCGCCCACGAUCCUCGGGGUGAUCCCCUACGCCGGGCUCAGCUUUUUCACCUACGAGUCGCUGAAAAAGCUGCACGCAGAUCACAGCGGGAGAGCCCAGCCGUACCCCGUGGAACGUCUCGUGUUCGGUGCCUGCGCCGGCUUGAUCGGCCAGUCGGCCUCCUACCCUCUGGACGUGGUGCGUCGGCGAAUGCAGACGGCGGGGGUCAUGGGACACGUGUACAGUUCCAUCCUCCUCACCAUGCGGGAGAUCAUCCGAGAGGAAGGACUGAUCCGAGGCUUGUACAAAGGACUCAGCAUGAACUGGGUCAAAGGUCCAAUCGCCGUGGGAAUAAGUUUCACGACCUUUGACAUCACCCAGAUCCUUCUCCGUAAAUUGCAGCUGAGUGCGAAUAUCGAGAGGUAGUGGUACCCUCCCCAAAGGCUCACAGGGGAGAAGGACCGUGUGUGUAUGGGGGACAAACACUAGUAUUGCCCCGUCUUCUCAGCGCUGCCCCCUUCGGCUUUACUUUUUGUUUUUCUCUUUUUUUAAUGAGCCUCCAAGUUCUCUCCUAACCCAGAUCUGCCACUAACCUUCACUAAGAACUCUCCCCGUGGUUCUGGGUAACAGCAGAGCGGCCUUCUCUAGGGGUGCUGUGUUUCACUCUCGUGUUUCACUUUUUCACACCAGGAACUGAGCCUGCCAAACACACUAAGCUGCAGCCGGCUCCUCUCCUGGGAUUAGUGGGCAGAUGAGGGAGCUUUGGAUAAUAGAAGAACGGAUGCGAUGCUGGAAAUUAGGAUGGAGAAAGCAGUCCCUGCGAGGCAGUUCUUAGUAACUACACAUCUGUAAGCCUCCCGUCAAGCAGUAUUUCAGUCCCAGCCUGCAGGGAACUUCAUAUGAGCGCCAAGAGGGUUAAUAAGCCUUUGAAAGAGCGCGUCUAAGAUUUAACUGGUUUUUUUAAUUGAAUUAAUUUCAAACCGUUUUUUCCUCCAAACUGUGGCCGUCUGCUCUGGCUGGAAGUAUCGCUCUCUUCAGAUAUCGCUCGGUCUGGACAAAAACUUUCCACCUCAGCUGUGCCCCUCUCCAACGUUUCCAAAGACCGAGAGACGGGGGAGAUCAGCUUUCAGGCCUUCCUUCAGCACCGAGCCCGAGCUGGGCUCCAGUUUACAAUAGAAACACAGUGUUGCUUUCAGGCUACUUUUAAAAACCUCUUUGUCCUUGGUCUGUGGUCUUCAAGGCGGUAGUUUUUGGAAGGAUUUAGCAGAUUGCAGUAUUAAGACCGGAGAUUUAAAGGGGGAAGUGUUCCAUACUCCAAGUGUAACCGAUUUUAUCCUUCAUGACUAUGGUUGCAGUGUGAGAAUAAACUGUGUGUGUGUUUGUGUGGGGGGAGGGGCACUUUUCAAGGUGACUGCUUUUGAAUGGGUUCAACCUUAUCUUUAUCUAAAGCUAUGGGUGUGGCUUUGGAACGCGCUGUGUGUGUGUGUGUGUGUGCGCAUGCAUGUGUAGGUCAUGUCACUGCAGCUGAUUAACUUUGAUCCCAUUAGCUUAUUCUUAGAAUCAUGCUGGAAAAUAUUACUCUGGGUAAACUGAGUCUGUAAUUGUUACCCCCUGGGAAUCCUGCCAGUCCUUCCCAGGUGCCAGCGUGAAACAGACCCUAGUGCACCUUUUGAGUGUGACUGUUCAAUGCUGAUAAUGUUUUUGGAAUCAGAGCUUUGAGAAACUCAAAGACAGGUGGCUUUAUUUUCAACAUGGCACACAAGAAAGGUGGGAGAAUUGUCCAGCCUUCUAGAAUGACCCCAAUAUCCCCGCACCUCCGAGCACGAUACCCUCUCAGAUACUCCUUUCCACGUGGCAGGACUGCUUGCUUGUUUGGAUCCGAGAGGGAGUAGAGGGCAUCAAUUGUUUGUCAUUAAAAGCUGUCCCUUCCGGACACAGAUCUUCAUUAUUGUUGACAUUCAAACCUUGUAUCAAGAGUUCAUUUGCGAGAUUGAAGCUAAUUGCACAGUUGGAAAAUUAACCCCUCUCUUCUUUCGGCUUUGCGCCCACUCUUGGGAGCAGAACCUGCCUCGCAUGCCAAAUAUUUUCAUCGUGAUUAAUGACAGGCAGCUGCUCCAGCCCUGAGUCUGUUCUCUUCUCGUGGGGUUGGCCAGACAGUCUAGAUAGGGCGUCUUGGUGUGCACUUUUCUUUUAGGGCCAGUAUUGUGCCAAGAGCACAGAUUGGUCAUAACCUUUGGAAGGUGUCUGGCGGAAAGACCAUCUCCAGUGUCAAGCCAACGUCUCUGGUCACUUUUGUCGAAGUACAAAGUCAUUUGAUUAAAAAAAAAAAAAAAA